AGAGCUGAAACAUUAUCAAUCUCUUUAUGCAGGGAAAGUGAUUCUGUACCUAGCGUUCAAGUUCGAAAAACAACCAGUCUUGAUUGUAUUACACAUAUAUAUUCACAUGUCCUCAGUGAAUGAGAAACCUAUUGGAUUGAACAUUGGAGGCCACGUUUACUUUACUACUCGGUCUACGUUGAAUCGCUGCGAAGAGCAUUCGCUCUUGCGCGAGUCGGUCUUAGGUACACCGCCAACACGUUUAUUCGCACCGCCACGAGCUGCCACCGAUGCACGAGGCAAUUUCUUCUUCGAUAGGGAUGGAGUCGUUUUCCGUCACAUUCUGAAUUAUCUUCGUACUGGAAAACUCUUGCUACCCGAAGAUUUUGGAGAGUUUGAUUUGCUCUUCCAAGAGGCUCAGUUCUAUGAGCUAUCAAAACUUAAAGAGGAAAUAAUUAACGCAGCGAAGGAUAAAGGAAAGGCGAAGAAUAGAUUGUCUCACACACCCAUGUCCGCGGUGAGUGAAACUGAAUUUAUUGGACUAAACAUUGGAGGCCAAGUGUACCUUACAAGUCUCUCAACAUUGAAUCGCUGCGAGAGAGGCUCGUUAUUGUACAGACUUCUAACCGCCGAGAAAGACGUAGCGGCAACCGAUGAACAAGGCAAUUUCUUCUUCGACAGGGAUGGAGUUGUUUUCCGUCACAUUCUGAAUUAUCUUCGUACUGAGAUGCUGUUGUUACCCGAAAAUUUUGAAGAAUUUGAUUUGCUUUUGCAAGAAGCACAGUUCUAUGGCCUUGAUAAACUUCACCAGAAACUAAUAGCGAAGAGUAUCGAAGCAAUGCCGAGGCGAAUUAAAUAGAUACUGCUCAACAAUGAGGGCACCGGUUUUGAUUAUGGCUUCAUUUUCCAAAAGAAACAGUCAUUAAUAGAAAAAAUGAAGAAACACUGAGAUUUUUUAGAGAAUGAGAAGCGACUGAAGACACAAUGUGCCCGAAAAAUUUAGGAUAACAGUAUCCACAUCAUAAUCAGAACUCGGACAUAGCCAAGUUAAGUUCAACUAUUGUAUGUCUGAAACCUUGUGUUUUGACACUGAUACUUUGUCGAUAGCAGUGUUUGUAAGUUCAAAUAUCACCAUGUAUAUUCUUUAAGAUAGUAGACGACAUUUUAGACGUCUGGUCACCGUUUAAUAAAAUAACAUUUUUCA